GUGGAAGUAGAGUGUCAUUAGCUCGUUUUAUUAAUCGUAAUACUACGUCUUCGACGAAAGUGGAUCAUUUUGAAGCUUAUGGUAAACAAAUGAUCGAAACAUGACCAUGGACAAGUGUAUUUCACGUCUGUUUAUAUCCCUGAUCAUGCUCAGCUACACCGCAGCUGUCGACGAUGAUUCCUACGGAAGAUAUGCCGACCUGUGCAAUCAGAACCUAACAGCAUUGGAUCAGUACUCUAAUGAACUCAAAGCUAUUUCCCCGGAAACUAUGUACAUCUCACUGUGCCAAAACGAUAUGACGAGUGUCCACAAAAACACUUUCUACAAAUUUACAGAAUUGGAAAAAAUAAUAAUGAGUGGUAACAACCGCUUACAGUUCCCUGCCGAUGGAUCUCCCAUGCUGACAUCGCCCAGUUUGACCGAUUUCGUCUGCGAGCAAUGUGGAAUCGUGAAAAUCUUCAAUCACUCAGUGCGCGAAAUGCCUUCCCUAGAGUAUUUAGUACUGAGUAGUAAUUCGAUCUCACAGAUUGAGAAACAUGCCUUCCGGAAGAACCAAUACUUAAAGGAAUUAAACAUCAGGAUGAAUUUGCUGCGCUGGAUACCAUCCACAAUACUGAUUGGCUUACACAAAAUAGAAACCUUAGAUCUCAGCUUCAACCGUGAGCUUGCUCCUGUUAUGGAUAAACCAUUUUUGAAGAGUAAUGCUCUGGAAAUACUGAAGUGUAAUAGUUGCGGAUUCACCUCAAUUGACGGGAACACAUUUGUCAUGUUGACGAACCUUAAGGAACUUCAUCUUAAAGACAAUCCAGUUUUUCAGCUUCAACAGCCGAUAAAUUUAUCGCGUGCAAUCGAGUUGCUGAAGAUACUUUCGACUAAUAAGCUGCGUUCACCAGUUGACUUUCAGUCAAGUGAAGAAGAUCUGGAGAUUAAUCUGGAAUUUGACUUGGACAGGAAUUCGGAAGACGACAUAACUAUCAGUAAAGCUCAAUCCUCCGAAUCUAUUAUCUUAGCGAUUAUGUAUAAGCAUUGAUACAGAGCAAAGAUAUUUGCUAGAAAUU